UCGAACCCACAACCCCAAGAUCAAGAGUCACAUGCUCUACUGACUGAGCCAACUAGGCAUUGCACUCCAUUUCUUUAAUAGAAGUAGAUCUGUUCACACUGUCUACCUCUAGGGUGAAGAAGUACGAAGGAGGGCAGAGGAGAUGCCACCAUCUCCCUGUCCUUCUAUCCCAUCUUAGGUACUGAUGUUAGCUGGGCUGGGGUCCUUCUGCCCCUUUCUGGCUCUCAUGUAGACACAUAGAAAACCGUCAGUGUUUCUUUCUCCUGUCUUUCUUGUAUGAAAAGAAUUUACAGCAUCCUUGAGCCUGCACAUUGCUUUCACAGCAGAGCAUUAUGCUGUGACCAGAACCUCAAGAUCCAUGAGUGCAGGUCUAGCCCCUCCUGUCGAGACCUUGUGUAGCUCAUGCUGUGCACAGGUUUUGCUUCAUGGAGCUGAGCUGUGACUCUUCUGUCUGGUGUGGACCACAGAGGUGGGACUGUCAGCUCAAGACAUGCAUAAUCUGAUAGAUGCUGGGCAGGUACAGAGGGAGCCAUAGUUUCUGCCAGCUCUGAACCCAGCCCCACCUGCUUCACACUUGGGACUGGCGUUGGUGGGGAAAGACCAGGGGCACCCUCAACUUCCAGUGAGGUGGGGGCUUUUGCCCUUCACUUGGAGUCCAGUCCCUGUUCAUUCCGAUGUCCAGUGUUUCUGUUUUGCCUCCAUUUGCUAUUGAUGUCUCUCAAGGGUACAUCAGAGAGAAGCACAGAUUUUCCAAGCUGUCAGGUUUGGGACAAAUCCUGCCCUUUCUGGCACCAGGUAUCUCUCCCAACUCAGGAUUUCUUGGUUUGAAGGCACCAGUGUGCUCAUCUAGAACAGCAGGGGAAGAAGCCUUGCAGAGCCUGGGGAGGUCUGACAGAGCCCACCCCUUUUUCCUUUGAAGCAGGGAGUCAAAUAUGUUGUGAUGGGUGCCUCAUAGAGAUGGUAUAGGGACUUAGAGUGACCAGUGGCUCACAGGAAUGGCAUGGUAACAAGCAUGAGCACAUCACACUAUUCCUCAAGCUUGGGCCACCAGAGCCAGAAGCCACUGAAGUCUGGCAGUGCGGGAGGUCAUGGUGGAGACCUCAACCCUCCUAUGACCCUGGCUAACCUGGACACAUGCACAAGGCCCAAGCUGCUCCUGUCCAGAGUCAGGCAGGGGGCUUGGGCCCAGCUAACAGUGUGCCCCCCCCCCAACUCUUCUUUGCAGCUUUCUAUAUGAACCCAACAGCCAGGGGUACAAAUACUACCGACAGAAGCUGGAAGAGUUCCGGAAAGCUAAGGCUGGCCCCACAGGCACUCUCAUGGCACCUGACCUCAGCCUGAAACGCAAAUCCCCUCCUGAGACCCCAUCGGGGUCCUUGCCCCCAGCUGCUGCCUGCCCUGCCUCAUCUGCCCCCUCGCCUGCAGUCACCCCAGCUCCAGCCAUCCCUGGGAAGCCAACCACCACAGCCACUGUGAAAAAGAAGCGGAAGAGCCGGUGGGGGCCUGAAGAGGACAAGGUGGAACUCCCACCCGCCGAGCUGGUACAGAGGGAUGUAGACGCCUCUCCUUCACCUCUGUCAGUUCAGGACCUCAAGGGGCUUGGCUAUGAGAAAGGGAAGCCCGUAGGUCUGGUGGGUGUCACGGAGCUGUCAGAUGCCCAGAAGAAGCAGCUGAAGGAGCAACAGGAGAUGCAGCAGAUGUAUGACAUGAUCAUGCAGCACAAGCGUGCGAUGCAGGACAUGCAGCUAUUGUGGGAGAAGGCCCUGCAGCAGCACCAGCACGGCUACGACAGUGACGAGGAGGUGGACAGUGAGCUGGGCACCUGGGAACACCAGCUGCGGCGCAUGGAGAUGGACAAGACUCGGGAGUGGGCCGAGCAGCUGACAAAGAUGGGCCGUGGCAAGCACUUUAUCGGAGACUUCCUGCCACCAGAUGAGCUGGAGAAGUUCAUGGAAACCUUUAAGGCCCUGAAGGAGGGCCGAGAGCCUGACUACUCAGAGUACAAGGAGUUCAAGCUGACAGUGGAGAACAUCGGCUACCAGAUGCUGAUGAAAAUGGGCUGGAAGGAGGGCGACGGGCUGGGCUCAGAGGGCCAGGGCAUCAAGAACCCAGUCAACAAAGGCACCACCACAGUAGAUGGAGCAGGCUUUGGCAUCGACCGGCCAGCUGAGCUCUCCAAGGAGGAUGAUGAGUAUGAGGCCUUCCGCAAGAGGAUGAUGCUGGCCUACCGCUUCCGGCCCAACCCCCUGAACAACCCCAGACGGCCUUACUACUGAGUAUUCUGGAAAAACGCACAAUUGUAUUUUCCAACCGACUGACCUUCCCUGGACUGUGGAAUGUUCUGGCCUGCAUUUCUGCCUGCCCUUCCCGUUGUCUCAAGUGUCAUGCCGUGUAUUAAAGUUCCAGUGCUUGCCUACCAGGGCAGCCUGGUUUUGCCAUCACCAGAAA